GGCCGCUAGUCAGUGUUUAGCGGAGGAGGCAACCCGAUAGGAACCUGCCUGACUCUCCCUUGUCGCACUCUCUUGAUAAUUCCGAUUGUUGAUAAUUUAAUUUCCUCCGGCUGAUUGGGCUUCCCCAUUGGGUAGGUGUUGUGGCACGCGAUAACCAGCCCGGAUUGCUAGCUGCGGCGACUCUGUAGUCGGUUCCCUUUUUCCCUGGAUGAGUCUGUCCCACCCACCUCGACAGGCUAUUAAAGUCGCAUCCCUUCCUCUUCUGUCGCCUUCCCUCUCGGCCUCCUCUCUUCUUCCCUUUCUUUUUCUCCAGACGACUCCACCCCCAACCUCCUGUCGAUCCGAUCGUUGUCUACUCCCGGAUCUCUCGUCUGCUUGUCCCUGCGGCGCCAUGAAUGCCUCAGAUCCCGCCGAUGUAAUGGAGGUCGCGCGCUCCCACGUGGCCUCCCAUGAAGCUCACGAGAAGAAGUCGCUCGACAAGGAGCUUGCCAUCUCCCCCAGCAUCCAGGAAGUCCCCGCGUCCAAGGAGGUGGCCAACUCGUCCACCGGAGGCGACGAUGCUCACCUGCACCACGAGCUGCCCACCGAGGCCGAGCUGGGAGAGCUGCGUCGCGUCGCGGGCCCCAUUCCCUGGACCGCUUAUACAGUGGCCUUUGUCGAACUCUGCGAGCGUUUCUCCUACUAUGGAACCACUGCGGUUUUCGUCAACUUUAUCCAGCGUCCCCUGCCGGAAGGUUCUACCACCGGUGCCGGUUACGAUCACAGCGUGCCCGGAGCUCUGGGUAUGGGUCAACAGGCGUCGACUGGUCUGACUCUGUUCAACUCCUUCUGGUCGUACGUCAUGCCUCUGGUCGGUGCCUACGUCGCCGAUCAGCACCUGGGACGUUUCAAAACUAUCAUGUGGUCGAUCGCGGCCGCCUUGCUCGGUCACACCAUUCUUAUCAUCUCCUCCAUUCCCCAAGUCAUCUCCAACCCCAACGGCGCCAUUGGAUGCUUUGCUGUUGGUCUCAUCAUCAUGGGUGUGGGAACGGGUGGUUUCAAGUCCAACAUCUCUACCCUGAUUGCCGAGCAGUAUCGCCAGGAACACCCCUACAUCAAGACGUUGAAGUCGGGCGAACGCGUCAUCGUGGACCCCGCCGCCACCGUGUCCCGAAUCUACCUGUACUUCUACAUGAUGAUCAACAUCGGCUCUAUCCUGGGUCAGGUCAGCAUGGUGUACGCGGAGAAAUACGUCGGAUUCUGGUUGUCGUUCUUCCUGCCCACUGUUUUGUUCAUGUGCUGCCCCACGGUGCUCUUCCUGUGCCGCAACAACUACAACCACGUCAAGCCGACCGGUUCCGUUUACCUUCAAGCCUUCCGAGUCUGGAAGAUGGCCAUGAAGGGUCGUUGGUCCCUGAACCCUGCCCGCCUUUUCAUCAAGAACCCUACGCCCUUCUGGGAGCCCGUCAAGCCCUCCGCCCUUGGCCCCAACAAGCCCGCAUGGAUGAUCUUCGACGACGAGUGGGUUGACGAGGUGGCCCGUGGUCUCAAGGCCUGCACAGUGUUCUUGUGGUACCCUCUUUACUGGCUGGCAUACAACCAGAUGUUGAACAACCUGACCUCGCAGGCUGCCACGAUGCGACUGGGCGGCGUCCCCAACGAUAUCAUCAACAACCUUAACCCCCUGUCCCUGAUCAUCGCCAUCCCCAUCAUGGACCAGGUCCUCUACCCGGGACUGCGCCGCAUGGGCAUCAAGUUCACUCCCCUGAAGCGUAUCACCGCUGGAUUCAUGAUGGCUACACUGUCCAUGGUCGCUGCCGCCGUGACGCAGCACUACAUCUACAAGCUGGGAGACUGUGGCAAGGAGGCCAACUACUGCCUGGACGAGCUGAACAAGCACUCGCCCAUCUCCGUCUGGGUGCAGGCGCUGACCUACGUGCUGGGCGGUAUCUCCGAGAUCUUUGCCUCCGUCACUUCGCUCGAGUACGCCUUCACCAAGGCCCCGCGCAACAUGCGUUCCCUGGUGCAGGCCGUCGCGCUGUUCAUGAACGCCAUCUCCUCGGCCAUUGGACAGGCACUUGUCAGUCUGUCGGUGGAUCCCCUGCUGGUGUGGAACUACACUGUCGUGGCCAUCCUGGCCUUCGUUGGCGGCGUCGGUUUCUGGUUGACCAACUACAAGCUGGACGGCGAGGAGGAUCGCCUGAACAACCUGAAGCAGAGUCGGUACGAAGGCUCGGGCGUCAAGGGCGACGAGGAGGCGCGAUAAUCUUUUUUCAUUUUCUUUUCCUUUCAUUCCCUUUUGUUCUAAUUGCCAUGUGACGAAGAAUCCGAUGUGAAAGGACCGAGACGGGUUACGCAAGUACGCUGGAUAAUAUGUAAUAAAAAUGGUUGAAUACCAAUCAAUGGACAUACGGAGUCGGAACACACCACUCUAUCUAAUCUCUACUCGAUUUUCUCGUAUGUUGGUCUAGAAAACCCGUCGGGCCAAUCUCAUCCCAUUAUUUCGUAGAAAUUCGAAAUAUCCAUGAAUAUCCGCAGCCACACCCAAAGUCAAAAAUGUAACCAGGUUCCAACCAAUAAUUCCUAUUCCUAAGCCCAACCCGAUAUAUUUAGUUUUUUGGAACCUUCUUUCCCCGCACGGAUCCCUAGGUCGGGUCGGUCCCCUUUUUUCUUCCCCGGAAAUCAAAAGCAAAACGAAAAGGAGAAUAAAUUAGAGUUCCGGGAAAAACCAAUCCAUGUGUAAUGGAAACUCACCUCCGUCAUUCUUAGCGCAUCUCUAAAUUAUUUAAUUUACUACUAGUAAGUAGGUUUCGUGGAAAUGCGGGGAAGUGCGGAAUGCGAAGGAAUUGCGGAGUCAAGUGCCGAAGGACGGUUAUACGGGGUUACAUUGACCUAUUUUCGGCGAGGAAGUGACGUGAGAAAGGAUUCAUAUAUUGUAAUCAUGUCAUAUCCGGUUAACGUAACACGUACUCCAUUUCAUGUCAAUCGUCUCAUGUAAAGAAAGGCAAAAAUAUCCACACCAGGAAAAAAGAUAAAGAGAGGAGAAAGGAAAAAGAAGAAGCAACGCCAGAUCUAAUAUCAACACCUCCAGGGUUCCUUACAUCCUCAUAUUAGUACGUACAACCUACAACAGCUUCUUCGUCUCCCCCGUGAACUCCAUACACUCGUCAAUCCGCCCCUUCUGUGCGAACUUGAUAUCGUCCAGAUAAUUGUCCCGCGGCACCCAGGGGCCCCGAUCCGCCGCCUUGGGCAGAUCGCGCUCGGCACGGGUCAAGUACGUCGAUUUGAGAUUGAGCAGCGGGCGCGGCUGAAUGGAUUCGCGCUGCGCACCGUCGAGUCGCGGUACGGCGGCCUUCGCGCCGCGCGCGUCGAGUUCGCGUAUCAGUCGUACCAGGAACUGCGCGGUGGCGUCGGCUCCCAGCGUCCA